AUGUCUGUCCAGUUUUCUGCACAGGCACCCUGGAGGAACAACAACAUCAGUUUUCUGACCAGAGAGGCAGCUGUAACAGAGCAAGGAGAGACAAUCAUAGGUUUCUACCUGUUGGCUUUAGGUUGGUUGUCUUGGUUUGGAAACAGCAUUGUGAUUUUUGUCCUGUAUAAACAAAGACAUCUCCUGCAGCCUACCGACUACCUCACAUUUAACUUGGCAGUGUCAGACGCCAGUAUCUCCGUGUUUGGUUAUUCACGGGGCAUCAUUGAAAUCUUCAAUGUCUUCAGAGAUGAUGGAUUCAUUAUCACGUCAAUAUGGACUUGCCAGGUUGAUGGCUUCCUGACACUUCUCUUUGGCCUGGCUAGCAUUAAUACCCUUACAGUGAUCAGUGUGACACGCUAUAUCAAGGGCUGCCAUCCUGAGAGAGGUCACUGCAUCAGCAACAGCAGCAUGUCGGUGGCUCUGGUUCUCAUUUGGGUGGCAGCUUUCUUCUGGUCCGCAGCUCCACUGCUUGGCUGGGGCAGUUAUACAGAUCGCAUGUAUGGCACAUGUGAGAUAGACUGGGCAAAAGCCAACUUCUCCACAAUCUAUAAGUCCUACAUCGUCUCCAUUUUUAUCUGCUGUUUUUUCUUACCUGUCACAGUCAUGGUCUUCUCAUAUGUAUCAAUCAUCAACACUGUCAAACUGAGCCAUGCAUUGACAGGACUGGGUGAUCCCACAGACAGACAGAGGAGAAUAGAGCGGGACGUCACCAGGGUUUCUAUUGUCAUUUGCACAGCCUUCAUUAUUGCAUGGUCACCAUAUGCUGUCAUCUCUAUAUGGUCUGCCUAUGGUCACCCUGUGCCCAACCUUACCAGCAUCCUUGCCAGUUUGUUUGCUAAGUCUGCUAGCUUCUACAAUCCCAUCAUCUACUUUGGAAUGAGCUCCAAAUUUCGAAGGGACAUUUUCAUCUUGUUCCAUUGUGCCAAGGAAGUCAAGGACCCUGUGAAGCUCAAACGUUUCAAAAACCUCAAACCAAAGCAGCCACAGCCUUCUCAGAAAGAAGAGAAGUAUGCACCAGAAAUGCACCCCGCACCAAGCCCUGAUUCCGGGGUGGGAAGCCCAACCAACACCCCACCUCCAGCAAACAGGGAAGUGUAUUUUGGUAUUCUUGAUACACCAUCCAAUAACCCCAAUAUUGAAUGUGAUAGAUUGUAA